AGGAUUGGCGGUGUGUUGUUUUUUUGCGGUGCACUAAAACAGCCAGUGAAGCUGUUUGAGCGCGGCGGUUCGCUCAGCGCACAGCGGGACCGCAGCAGUGGAGACUUUUGGGCAAAAACACAAAGUUUACCCGGAGUUUGUGAGUUUUAGCGCCGUUUAAAGGAUCCGGAGCCCAACUGAGAACUUUUCCCCUCAGAGGAACUCCGCGGUGUCGGUUUAGCGGAGAAACGGGCUGAGAAACGGCGGUAACGGAGGGACCUUCAGAGAUAAUCCAGCACACACGGAGAUUUAGCGCAGUUUAACUGGAGUUACGGCUGUUUACCGCUCUGACACUCUGAGAGGAGCAGCAGGCGGAGAUGAUCCUGGACCUUCUGGAGGACCUUCUCCGCUCUGCCCCUCCGCUCUGAGCCCCGUGCGGGAGUGUGUGAGUGUGUGAGAGAUGUGUGUGGGAGAUGGGGCUGUGUUUCAGCUCCGAGCUCACAGAGGAGGGGAAGAAGGCGAAGAUCCACAGCGCUCAGAUCGACAGGGAGCUGUACGAGCUCGCCAAGAAGGAGAUGAACACCGUGAAGAUCCUGCUGCUCGGCGCUGCUGAGAGCGGUAAGAGCACUCUGGUGAAGCAGAUGAAGAUCAUCCACAGCCACGGCUUCACUCAGCAGGAGCUGGUCAGCUUUAAGCCGGCCGUGUUGGACAAUCUGCUGACCUCGAUGAAGUUUGUGCUGCAUGGGAUGGGCAUCCUGAGGAUUAACCUGGCAAACAGCAAAAACAAGGUCCACGCUCACUCCGUGCUCUCGUGUGGGAGGUGCUUUGACGAGGAGCAGGUGCUGUUCCCGUUUAUAGGCCACGCCCUCUGCUGUCUGUGGGCGGAUCAGGGGGUGCGGUUGGCGGCGGCCCGCGGAUACGAGUAUGAGCUCAACGACUCGGCGCUCUAUUUUUUCGAGAACAUGGCUCGGAUCGUGUCCCAGGACUAUGUACCCACGGAGAUGGAUGUGCUGAGGGUCAGAAUACGGACCACCGGGGUCAUUGAAACUCAGUUUAAGGUCAAACACCUGGUCUUCAGGUUGUAUGAUGUCGGAGGCCAGAGAACGGAGAGGAGGAAGUGGAUUAGUUGUUUUGAGGACGUGAGAGCCGUUCUGUUCGUUGUGGCUCUGAGUGGUUAUGACAUGACGUUGGUCGAGGACCCUUCCAUGAAUCGGCUGCAGGAGAGCCUCAAGCUGUUCUCCUCCAUCUGCAACAACGUGUUCUUCAGGAGCACCUCGAUGAUUUUAUUUAUGAACAAGAUCGAUCUGUUCCAGGAGAAGAUCCUCCACUCAGGACGACACCUGAGAUACUACCUGCCGCUCUACAGAGGUGCUGACUGUGAUGUGGACUCGGCGGCUCGUUUCAUUGCCUCCGUGUUUGUGUCUCAGAACGCCACGCCCACUAAACUCAUCUACCAUCACUUCACCACGGCAACCGACACCUCCAACGUCCAGGUGGUCUUCCAGGUCGUCAUGGACACCAUCAUCAAGGAGAACCUGGAGGCCGUCUCUUUACUCUGAGCCGCAGUUUACGCUGAUUAUGGCUGUAAUUAUUAUCAUAAUCAUCAGGAAUGAUGUUUGGCAUCAUUAUUUCUGAUCCACACUGAAAAAGAAACCUCUGCUGAGCUUCCGAGUGAAGUUCCAGAUCUGGAAAACUGCUCCUGCACCUGGGAAACUGCAGUCAACGAAAUGCUUUCUUUAUUUUUAACUUAAUUUGCUGUGAUCUGAAGUGCUACUUUUUCGUCUGUUUUUUUUUUCCUUUUUUUGUCUUUAAUAAUCUCUGACCAGUCCACUUUAAAGGCUGUGGACCUGUCUGAGAUUCUGAGUUAAAGCCACUUUAAUGGAAUGUUUUGGGUUGUUGACAGGAAAUAAGGCAAUAUUUAUUGCCGUAGCAGCACAGAAUUUAGUGGUUACGUACAUGAGGGAGAAGAUGGGCAUUGAACACCAUCUAAAACACCGGUCAUCUCAUUAAAAACUAAACAAAAACAGGCAGAAAUCACUACAUUAUUAACAGCAGUCAUUAUAAAAAACAUCAAAGGAAUUAAAUGAUUUUGUUUAGCAUUUUAUCACUUGUUUACAUUGUGUUUAUGAGCAGAAGUUUGACUCGUGAAACAGCUUUUCAUCGAGAAUUACUGAAAUCAUCUCAGUUUAAUAUCCUACUGUUCUGAUCUCUACAUUUACAUUACAGUUCAACAGUCAGAAACACUUCAUAUUAACAGUUUUUUUUUAAUAUCAGUAAUAAUGUAGAAAGCUUAAAUAUUGUAGAAUUAAAUAUUGCAAACAGGAAGUGAGAAAUAAUCAAAUAAUAAAAAACUAGGGAUGCACUGAUAGGGGAAUUCUGGGCUGAAGCAGAUAUUUAAUUUUUUACAUGUAUAUAUUGGCCGUAGCUGAUAUCCGAUAUUUUACAUGUAUGUAUCAGCCGAUGCCUAUAUCUGAUAUUUUACAUGUAUAUAUAUCGGCCGAUACUGAUAUAUGAUAUUUUACAUGUAUAUAUGGGCCAAAGCUGAUAUUCGACAUUUUACAUAUACGAUGCCAAGGUCAAUACCUGAUAUUUUACAUGUAUAUAUUGGCUGAUGCUGAUAUUCAAUAUUUUGCGCAUACAUAUCAGGCAAUGCUGAUAUAUACAUGUAAAACAUUGGAUACCAGCCAGUGCCAAUAUUUUAUAUGUACAUAUCUUUACCUCUUGGACAUGCAAAACUACCUUCUGUAAGGGCCACCACACACCGGAUGCAUCGCAUUGCGAAAAAUCCCAAACCGUUGUUUUUAAUGAAGGUCCCCACACCUGCACCGGUCUUUUAGAUAAACUGACCAAUGCUAAUGUGAAGUUAGCGUAGCUAACAUUACUAUCCGAGCCUUUUUUCAGCUCGGAAACAGCCAGUCUGUGGAGGGUAGUAAACAGAUACCUAGCGUAAUUAGUGAUGCUGAACGCUUUUUUAAUUUAUACAAGUAGAGUAUAAAAAUGAACUUGAAUCAAGCUUUUAUUGGCUCUCCCUGUCGGGUCCUGGGUGCCAGAAUGUAACUGCUGCACCAUUUAAGGUGGAGUGGGAAAAUUUGAACACAAAGCUGGCAAAAAGCCAAAUUCAGCUUUGUAGUUUUGAUGCUUUUAGUGUUUUUUGUCUAUAUGAGGAGAUUUAAGCAUCUGCUGUUGUGUGCUCUUCCAGCAUACAAUAAAUGCGUAAUCACAUAUCGGUUUGAAAUGUUGGCCAAAUCUAAGCAUUGGCCCGAUGCCAACGUUUUUUUUAAAACAAAUAUCGGCCGAUACUGAUACGAUUCCGAUAGUAUCGUGCAUCCCUAAUAAAGCAGCAUAAACUACCCUUCGUUAAUUUAAUUUGCGGUCAAAACCGUCAAGUUCAAGUUAUUUGUUUUUUACAAAUCUGAAAAAAAAACAUUUAACAAAAGCUAAACUAAAUAUAAUAUCACAUUUUUCAGUGGUCAGUGAGUCUCUCUUC